UAAUUGUCUAACAAAAGAGGGGCAUGGACAGCUGACGUGGUGGUGCAGUGUUUUGUCCUGCGGCGCAUCUUCAGUCCCGACUGAGAAGAAGACCGCGGCGUAGCUAUCUGUCUCAUCCUCGGACAGAUGAGUGACUGACUUUACCUACCAGGGACAAGCAGUGGUUUCAGUGCCAUCUUUUUUCACAGUCUGUGAUACCUGUGUUUGGGUUUGCAACUUCUUCAGCUUCACCUGUUAUUCACGUCGAAUGUCAAACAAAUAGCCUAGGCUAGACAAACAAUACGCAACAACGAGGAAAAGGGUUAUCGUUGGCAACCCGAACAUCUGGCUGGACAUUUGUGACAGUUUCUCAGAAGAUUUGUCUUCAUUCGAUUUACUUUUACCAGACUGACUGUUGAUGAGCAUUGCCUCGUCUCGAAUAAAUCAGAGACAAACAAUGGCUUUAAUGAACUGACAAGAUAUCAAAUUAGCCUUUUGAAACAAGAUGGAUAGAAUUGUUCAACUUCUAUAGAUAGGCAGGUUUUCACCCAAUUAUGAACACCAAACCAUCGCCCAGGACUUGUAUUCUUCAUUUUAUAUUGUAUGCCUUCUGUUCAUGAAAAUAGAAAUGUUUUGUUUCUUCAAACCCCGAGGAUAUUCCAGGACCAGGGCUAGGUCUCGAAAUGGGACAAUAUCCCGACACUCCUCCAACUCAACCUCAAGACUAUAUUUUACCUUUAUUCUGCUGCUUCUCAUCUUCACGCCUAGAGUGGAUUCUUCCUGGUGGUACAUUGGAGCCCUGGGUGCACGGGUGAUCUGUGACAACAUUCCAGGCCUGGUGAACAAGCAGCGCCAGCUGUGCCAGCGCCACCCGGACCUCAUGCAGUCUAUUGGGGAGGGUGCCAAGGAGUGGAUCCGCGAGUGCCAGCACCAGUUCCGCCACCAUCGCUGGAACUGCAGCACGCUGGACCGAGACCACACUGUCUUUGGCAGGGUCAUGCUGCGCAGUAGCCGGGAGGCAGCGUUUGUGUAUGCCAUCUCCUCGGCAGGCGUGGUCUAUGCAAUUACCAGGGCCUGCAGCCAGGGGGACCUCAAGAUCUGCAGCUGCGACGCCCAAAAGCGGGGCCAGGCUAACGACGACAGGGGCGAAUUUGACUGGGGCGGCUGCAGCGACAACAUCAACUAUGGCAUCAAGUUCACCAAGACCUUUGUUGAUGCCAGAGAAAAGAUGGUGAAGGACGCUCGGGCACUGAUGAAUCUACACAACAACCGCUGUGGACGAAUGGCAGUGAAGCGCUUUAUGAAACUGGAGUGCAAGUGUCAUGGCGUCAGCGGCUCCUGUGCCCUUAGAACCUGCUGGCUGGCCAUGUCGGACUUCCGGAGGACCGGGGACUACCUCCGGAAGAAGUACAACACGGCCAUCGAGGUGACCAUGAACCAAGAUGGCACCGGGUUCAUGGUGGCUGACAAGGACUUCAAGGGAACCACCAAGAAUGAGCUGGUGUAUGUAGAAAACUCCCCUGACUACUGCCUCAUGGACAGAGCAGCAGGCUCCCUGGGAACGGCAGGGAGAGUCUGCAACAAGUCUUCUAGAGGCACAGACAGCUGCGAGGUCAUGUGUUGCGGACGGGGCUACGACACAAUGCGCGCCAAGCGAGUCACCAAGUGCGAGUGCAAGUUCAAGUGGUGUUGCGCCGUGGAGUGUAAGGACUGUGAGAACACUGUGGACGUUCACACCUGUAAGCCCCACAGGCGACCCGAUUGGCUGGACCAAACCAGACGCUGAGGCCCAUUCUUUCAAAGGACAUAGCAGUGGCCAACUGCAUUGUGGGAUAUGUAUUUCCUACCCCUGACUCCUUUCGGACCUCCAUUACCUCUGACAGCCCCUUAUAAAGUGACAUCCUAAAGAACCUUUCCCAAGGCGCCGUAUCCCAACUUGGUUUGUAUGGUGCAGUACUGUAUGGGACUGUUCUGUGGGAAGGCUGUCUAAGAGAAUGGUUGGGCUGGGAGAGGGGAUAGUUCCUAUUUAUGUUUUUGUUUGUUUGUGUUGAUCGUGUGCUGCUUCCAAGGUGUCGAGGACACUAUUUUUCUACAGACAUUCAUUCACACAGUAUCUGUUGUGGAAAUGCAGAACAGGACAUUGUACUGUGAGCACACCAGAGAUUGAGUUAGGAUUGUUGGCUGGUGUAUGUGUUGUUGUUUUUUUGCUUUGUUUAAGACUAUGUUCUCUUUCUAAAUCUGUGAUCACUUUGUUCAGUGUUUCAUUGGUCUGUCAAUAGAAAGAGAUGAAGAACUGAAAUUGUACUCUGCUUGAUAUAAUGGAAAGACUGACUUGUAUUCAGUUGUUAGGAGUAAAAGAAAUAUUUAAAAAAGGUGGACAUCAUGCCUUACCCUACUGGUAAAGUGCAUUGGGAUGGAUGUACAGCAGAAAGUCUUACGAUCAACAUUUACCGCAGGCCAGAGAGCUUCUCUAUCGACACUAAUGUAAAGUAGCAGUCAAAAGUUUGGACACACCUACUCAUUCAAGGGUUUUUCUUUAUUUGUACUAUUUUCUACAUUGUAGAAUAAUAGUGAAGACAUCAAAACUAUUAAAUAACACAUAUGGAAUCAUGUAGUAACCAAAAAGGUUUUAAACAAAUAUAAAUAUAUUUUAUAUUUCAGUUGCCACCUUUUGCCUUGAUGACAGCUUUGCACACUCUUGCCAUUCUCUCAACCAGCUUCACCUGGAAUGCUUUUCCAACAGUCUUGAAGGAGUUCCCACAUAUGCUGAGCACUUGUUGGCUGCUUUUCCUUCACUCUGCGGUUCAACUCAUCCCAAACCAUCUCAAUUGGGUUGAGGUCGGGUGAUUGUGGAGGCCAGGUAAUCUGAUGCAGCACUCCAUCACUCUCCACCUAAUGGUCAAAUAGCCCUUACACAACCUGUAGGAGUGUUGAGUCACUGUCCUGUUGAAAAGCAAAUGAUAGUCCCACUAAACACAUACCAGAUGGGAUGGCGUCUCGCUGCAGAAUGCUGUGGUAGCCAUGCUGGUUAAGUGUGCCUUGAAUUCUAAAUAAAUCACAGACAGCGUCACCAGUAAUGCAUCCCCACACCAUCACACCUCUUUCUCCAUGCUUCAUGGUAGGAACCACACAUGCAGAGAUAAUCCGUUCACCUACUCUGCGUCUCACAAAGACACGGCGAAUGGAACCAAAAAUAUCAAAUUUGGACUCAUCAGACCAAAGGACAGAUUUCCACCGGUCUAAUGUCCAUUUCUCGUGUUUCUUGGCCCAAGCAAGUCUCAUCUUAUCAUUGGUGUCCUUUAGUAGUGGUUUCUUUUCAGCAAUUCGACUAUGAAGUCCUGAUUCACACAGUCUCUUCUGAAUAGUUGAUGUUGAGAUGUGUCCGUUACUUGAACUCUGUGACACAUUUAUUUGGGCUGCAAUUUCUGAGGCUGGUAACUCUAAUGAACUUAUCAUCUGCAGCAGAGGUAACUCUGGGUCUUCCUUUCCUGUGGUGGUCCUCAUGAGAGCCAGUUUCAUCAUAGCGCUUGAUGGUCUUUGCAACUGCACGGAUUGACUGACCUUCAUGUCUUAAACUAAUGGACUCUUUGCUUAUUUGAGCUGUUCUUGCCAUAAUAUGGACUUGGUAUUUUACCAAAUAUGGCUAUCUUCUGUAUAUCAUCCCUACCUUGUCACAACACAACUGAUUGGCUCAAACGCAUUAAGAAGGAAAGAAAUUCCACAAAUUAACAUUUAGCAAGGCACACCUGUUAAUUGAAAUGCAUUCCAGGUGACUACCUCAUUAAGCCAGUUGAGAGAAUGCCAAGAGUGUGCAAAGCUGUCAUAAAGGCAAAGGGUGGCUACUUUGAAGAAUCUCAAAUAUAAAAUAUAUUUUGAUUUGUUUAACAAUUUUUUGCUUACUACAUGAUUCCAUAUGUGUUAUUUCAUAGUUUUGAUGUCUUCACUAUUAUUGUACAAUGUAGAAAAUAGCAAAAAUAAAGAAAAACCCUGGUAUGAGUAGGUGUCCAAAAUGCUGACUGUUACUGUAGCUAAAUUCAUUUAAACAAAUGUUUCUGUUACAAGAGUUAAGUGAAACAAACGUUGUCGACUGAGAUGGAUAGUAUGUCUCCUCUCUCUUCAGUGUGACAGGUACUCUUACAGUAUGUGCUAUCAAUCUAUUAUUGUACGUGUUCCUAAAUCCAAUUUGUAAGUCGCUCUGGAUAAGAGCGUCUGCUAAAUGACUUAAAUGUAAAAUGUAAAUGUAUACGGUGUGAUGGAUGGGAGCUGUCAUCUCUUAUUAUUUAUCACUGGUUUCCAAUUACUGAAGCUGCUAGCUUCUACUGUAUAUUCAGAAAGUAUUCAGACCCCUUGUCUUUUUUCACAUUUUGUUACGUUACAGCCUUAUUCUAAAAUGGAUGAAAUAUAAUUAUUUUCUCAUCAAUCUACACAAUACCCCAUAAUGACAAAGUGAAAACAGGUUUUUAUAAAUGUGUGAAAAUGUAUUACAAAUAAAAAACAGAAAUACCAUUUUUACAUAAGUAUUCAGACCCUUUGCUAUGAGACUUGAAAUUAGGCUCAGAUGCAUCUUGUUUCCAUUGAUCAUUCUUGAGAUGUUUCUACAACUUGAUUGGAAUCCACCUGUGGUAAAUUAAAUUGAUUGGACAUGAUUGGGAAAGGCACACACCUGUCUAUAUAAGGUCCCACAGUUGACAGUGCAUGUCAGAGAAAAAACCAAGCUCUGAGGUUGAAGGAAUUGUCCGUAGAACUCAGAGACAGGAUUUUGUCGUGGCACAGAUCUGGGGAAGUGUACCAAAAAAUGUCUGCAGUAUUGAAGGUCCCCAAGAACACAGUGGCCUCCAUCAUUCUUAAAUGGAAGAAGUUUGGAACCACCAAGCCUCUUCCUAGGGCUGGCCGCAUGACCAUACUGAGCAAUCAGGGGAGAAGCGCCAUGGUCAGGGAGGUGACCAUGAACCCAAUGGUCACUCUGACAGAGCUCCAGAGUUCCUCUGUGGAGAUGGGAGAACCUUCCAGAAGGACAACCAUCUCUGCAGCACUCCACCAAUCAGACCUUUAUGGUAGAGUGGACAGACGGAAGCCACUCCUCAGUUAUAGACACAUGACUGCACGCUUGGAGUUUGCCAAAAGGCACCUAAAGGACUCUCAGACAAUGAGAAACAAGAAUCUCUGGUCUGAUGAAACCAAGAUUGAACUAUUUGGCCUGAAUGCCAAGUGUCAAGUCUGAAGGAAACCUGACACCAUCCUUACGGUGAAGCAUGGUGGUGGCAGCAUCAUGCUUUGGGGAUGUUUUUCAGCAGCAGGGACUGGGAGACUAAUCAGGAUCAAGGUAAAGAUGAAUGGAGCAAAGUACAGAGAGAUCCUUGAUGAAAUCCUGCUCCAGGGCGCUCAGGACCUCAGACUGGGGCGAAGGUUCACCUUCCAACAGGACAACGACCCUAAGCACACAACCAAGACAAGUUUCUGAAUGUCCUUGAGUGGCCCAGCCAGAGCACGGACUUGAACCCGAUCAAAGAUCUCUGGAGAGAUCUGAAAAUAGCUGUGCAACCUGUCAAAGCUCGAGAGGAUCUGCAGAGAAGAAUGGGAGAAACUCCCCAAAUACAGAUGUGCCAAGCUUGUAAGGUCGUACCCAAGAACUCUCAAGGCUGUAAUUGCUGCCAAAGGUGAUUCAACAAAGUACUGAGUAAAGGUGUCUAAAUACUUAUGUAAAUGUAAUAUUCCAGGUUUUUAUUUGUAAUACAUUUGCAACAAAUUCUAACAACCUGUUUUUACUUUGUCUUUAUGGGGUAUUGUGAGAACUUGAUACAUUUUAGAAUAAGGCUGUAACGUAACAAAAUGUGGAAAAAGUAAAGGUCUAAAUACUUGAAUCUCCCAAGUUAUCAUUCUCGCUUUGGGGCAAAUGUAUUCUGCAUCCGUAUGCAACUCUACAGCCAGUUCACUUUCAGGGUUGUGUUGUAGGCUACAAGUUGUUCUGACCGAUCUGGGGGAAAUUAAGUACUUUCUGAAACUAGGCCAUGAUUUUACACAACGUAGAGGAGCUGAGAACCAGAAUUUAACAUUCAAAUCAACACUCAGAAGUGCAUGUAGGACUAUUGGGCCAGUAGAGUCAGGCCAUUGGAGACUGGACAAAUGGUACAAAGAUUGAACAACAUGGAACACAAGAUUGAACAAAAGCAGUAAAAUCCAUGUGAUGAUCAUAACUACUUUUUAAGCUGAAUGAUGUGUCAGUUUAUGUUAAAAAUAUCAACAUUUUCAAGUGUAAAUGGUAACUGAUAUAAUUUUAAUGCAAUGUUCUCGAACGGUUGGGAGUGGUGGGCCAAGUUGUAUUUAUAAUGUUAGUUGAAGGGUUAUUGUCACCUUGGGUAAGACCCAAAAAUACCACACUUGUUCUAUAUUAAACCUUGUUGUUCCUUCUGUCA